AUGGUCUUCCAGAGGGAGGAAGCAUAUGAGCCCUCAGUCAUCAACAGAGAUGAGGGAUUGAAAACUAGUGACAGUACUAAUGAAACAGGCGUUGAAGAUGAUAUGUGUGAAUGGUUGAGUUUAAGCCUCAACAGAAAUGAGUCCUUUACUGCUAAAGACAGUGCCUCUCCAUCAAAACCUGCCAGUAGAAAGCUUUUCUCAUGCAAUUUUUGCAUGAGGAAGUUCUAUUGUUCACAAGCUUUGGGGGGUCACCAGAAUGCACACAAGAGGGAAAGAGGAGCAGCUAAAAGAUAUCAGUCUCAGAGGAUCAUGACCUUCAUGGAAUCAUCACCCGGCAACUCUCCCACCGCGAUGUCUCUUCGUGUCCAGCCUCACUCUAUUGUGCACAAACCAAGCAGAGCAGGAACAACAUCUACUAUGACAGCAAGAUUUGAUGACUUCCCUAUUGGCUUCGGUGUCGCAUGGACACCUUUUAUGCUUACAGAGGCAUUGGAUUUGGUUUGGCCAGGCAGCUUUCAUGUGGACAAAUUGCCCAAGCAAGCAUCAGAUGGACAUAAGCUUGACUUAAAUCUCCGGCUGUGA